UGGCCUGAAAGAUAAUGGGCAAACAGUGUCUAAACAAGAUGUAAGAGUGGAGCAAAAAGUAUCAGUAGCACUGUUAGCAUCCAAAGACGCAAACAGUUUAGGGAAAGGAAGUGGAGAUGAAACCAUUUCAGAAAGCUGGGAGGGUGAAAGUGUGCGUAGGUUACAUUGAAAGAUGACAUGUGGAGGGAUAAGUGAUGUGUCCGGGACCAUGUUGAGGUUAAGAGUGAGUGAGGAGGAAGUGAUCCAACUCUUGCCAAUAGAACAGGGUGUUCAACCCACCAACAUUUCCGAUUGGCUUCAUCUGUAACCUGAGAUCCUGCAUACGAGGAUAAAACUUCUCUAAGACUAAAAUGUCAAUGUCUAACAACAUCAAGAAACAAUCUAGGAUGGAUAAUGGGGAGAAGAAAAAUUAAAAUCUCAGCCUCGACCAGCUUGGAACUAAGUUCAGUAAAAUCAGCAUUAAGGACUCAUCUGACAGAAAAGAUAUCAGAGUCAAAUUUUUGAUCAAUGUUCCUGUGGGAGUGACCCGUAAAAUGAGCAAAAAUCCUAAAUCACAUUGUGGGAUGUUUCUUGACCUUCUGAAAACUCAAGCUUUCAGAGAAGAGGACAGAUUCCGUUAUGAGGACAUUGCUGUCAUUUUUGGCCUUAAUGGAAAAGAAUCCGAUGAAGAAAUUACAAGAACUGAAUUGAGAAAAAUUUUUAAAAGUGAAAUCACUUUUAGAAAAUGGGGCUUUAAAUGGCCAGAAAAGUACAGUAUUCCAUAUCGACUAAUAAGAGAAAAAAAUAAACGAUCAGAGCACACCAUGGAAUUAGUAAGAAACUUUAGGGAGAACUACCCUGAAGUUCCAAUCUAUUUCUGCUUUUUUGAUGCAGACACAGUUGAUUUUAAUGAAGUGUUGAGUUCUUACAUAGAUAUAAUCAUAGAGCACAAAAAUCCAACACUGAUGUCAACUGGUUUUCUGUUCUCUAAAGACAGUAAGUUCAGAAAGGAGAGUGAACAUGAUCGAGACGUGCGCAUAAUAACAGCUAAGCACUUUCCUCUGGGCACUUAUUACCCAGAGCCCAACUUCUGUGUGCUUCUCCCCGAUGGACAUGACACUCUUCCUGAGCGUUUCACUAAUACAAAAUCUAGAGAAAUGAACAUGGAAUCUUCUGUUUUGAUAAGACAAGUAAAACGGCGCCGGGGUUUCUCUGCUGUGUUUGCAGACAAAAACCCAAUUAUUACACGUGAUUCAGCACUAAAACAUAGUCACACCAAACCAUGGACUUGGGCAAUUAGUGCUUAUACACACAGAGAGCUUGAAGUUACUAAGAAUUAUAAAAAGGAAAUAUAUGGAGAAGCAUAUGAAACAGACAAACGUAAGGCAAAUAGGUCGUAUAUCUCAUUGUUAAUGGGUCUGUUGAAAUCAGACGAAGAAGCUCAGAGGAUAGUGGAGGCAAAACCUUUUGAGGGACCAGGUGCAGGUCAAGUUUUUAAGGCAGCUGAAGCUGUUCGGAAGUAUCUUAACACAGGGCAAGAAGAUCCAGAAGACGAAGAAGAGACAGAAGAACUAAAUAAGCUAGUAGUAAGGCAGAACUACAGCAACUAGAAGAACUAAUAGAGAUAGAAGUGUGAUGCUAUUGGGUUGGAAGUUGACUUGAUUUUACACAGAUUGAUGUAUGAUUGAGAUGAUUUCUGUGCAUGUUUUAACAUAAAAAAGGAAUAGGUUUGUUGUUAAUCAUGUUAUUUCUAUUAAUAGCCGCUUUUUCAGAAAGAGAGCCACCAAAUAAAUCUAAUUUCUAGACCAUUUGAAAUUAUUUCACUAGCAGUUUAGUUUAGAGCAGCAAGAAUAGAAAUAAUCCUUAUUUAUUUUAAUAUUUGUGAUUAUCUUUAGUGUACAUCAUCAAACAAAUUAGUAAUGAACCAAAUAAUCAGCUUUGCAAGAUGAUUGUGUAAAGAGUAAAUUAGCUCUGAAUAUUUAUUGCUCUGUUUUAUGGUGUGGUGCUUGUUUUGUCAUUUUAUUCAUUUAUUUAUAUUUUUUUAUUUCUAUAAUGCUUCUGUUUUUUUUCUUCUUUUUUUAUAGUAUCAUUUUGUCAUUACUAAUGUACAGUAAUUAGUAAUGAUUUGACAUCAAUAGCAUGUAACAAAAAUAAAAAUAAUAAAAUAAACUAAAA